UUAUUUUAGUUAUAGUUUUAUUUUUUAUUUCAUUUUUAUUUAAAAAAAAUUAAUUAAUUAAUUAAAAAAACAAUAAAGAAACCCGGCAUGCGUGAACUCUCCCGUCAACCCCAUCCAUCAUCCUCCUCCUCCUCGCCGGCCCCCCCCUCCAAUCUCCAAUCUCCAAUCUCCAAACCCUCAUCUUCAUCUCUCUCUCUUUCUCUCUCUCUAAUUCUAUGGACGAAGACGAUGCCGCCGCCGCCAGAUCCCGAUCUCCAAUCCCACCACCGAACGGUGCCGGCACCGUCACAAUCGCGGCGGCGGCGCCGCAACACCAGCAACAACAAACCCUAACCCUAGCCCUCCCGAUCCAGCGACCCAAUCCAUCUUCAUCCUCAAGAGAGGACUGCUGGAGCGAGGGGGCGACCUCAGCUCUCAUCGACGCCUGGGGAGAGCGAUUCCUCGACCUCUCCCGUGGCAAUCUCAAGCAAAAACACUGGCAAGACGUCGCCGACGCUGUGAGCUCCCGCGAAGACUAUACCAAGACUCCGAGAACCGACGUCCAGUGCAAGAACCGGAUCGAUACCUUAAAAAAGAAGUACAAAAUCGAGAAAUCCAAGAUCUCGAACUCACCUGCGUAUCGAUCUCCAUGGCCCUUCUUCGAUCGCCUCGAUCUACUCCUCGGUCCAACUCACAAGCCGAUCCAGCCGAAGCCACUCCGUAAACAGCCCCCCAUCACCACCACAACCACGCCGCCGCCUCCGAUCGAAGAAGAAGAAGAAGAUGAUGAUGAUUCAUCGGAAAGCAUCCCACCGGUGAGCGAUCGGUUGGAGGGAGUGAGAGCGGUGGCGAAGGCGGUGGCGAGGUUGGGAGAGGUGUACGAGAGGGUGGAGAGAGGGAGGAUGGAGAUGGAGGCGGAGGCGGAGAGGAGGAGGAUCGGGUUCUUCAAAGAGAUCGAGAACCAAAGAGUUCAGUUCUAUAUGAAAGCUCAAAUGGAGAUCAUAAAGUUCAAGAAGAAGCGCCCGCGAAGAAACGAAGACGAUGAUGAUGAUGAUGGUGACGACGAUGAUGAUGUUGAUCAUGAUCGUGCCGCUGCAAAUUAACACUGAGAUUUAUAUAUAAUUAUUUAAGUGUUUUUGUAGGGGUUUAUUUGUAAAUGGCCUGGCCUUGAAUGGUUUUUCCAUUGAUGUCCUUAUAAAUUUAUCUAAUUUGCAAUGCUUCAUUCUUAAACACAGAAAAAUGAUAGUACAUACAGAGAUGAUGUUGAUGUUGAU